AAGCGCAAUCUGCGGAGGAGGGGAAUGUCCGCUGAAGAUCGCGCAUAUAUUGAGUAAUUUGAGUUAUUGCAAUUGUUUCAUAACUUUCUUUCAUCUCUUCUUCCAGUUCCACAAAUGCACCUGGUUUGGCGCGCGUGCGCACCUGAAACUGGAAGUGUAUGAUCAAUCCACCAACCACUCUCCUCAGGUACUACACUCGGCCAUAUAAGAGCUUGUCCCAGCGAUCCGAGGAAAUCAGUUGAGUGCCAGUGUGUUGAUCGAGUUACACGCAUGCGUGAAGAGUUCACACAGUGAAUUAAAGUGCAAGUUUGCAGUUGAAAGUAGAUUAAAGGAAAAUAAAAUAUAUCAUAAACAAAACAAUGAAGUUCUAUCAGGCUCUUAUCUGUCUAGUCUUUGCCGUGGUUGCUGUUUAUGCAUUCCCAGGACAUCAUGCUGAGAGCUAUGCUAAUCUCAAUCAGCAUCAUCAUGAUCACCAUGAGGAGCAUCACUAUGCACCAGCCCCCUACAAGUUCGAAUACGGAGUAAAAGAUCCCCAUACCGGAGAUAACAAGGAAGCCUGGGAGCACAGCGAUGGACAUUAUGUAAAAGGUUCCUAUUCCCUAUACGAGCCUGAUGGUACAAAGAGGGUAGUUGAUUACACUGCUGAUCCUCACUUCGGUUUUAAUGCCGUAGUUAAGAAGAUCGGACAUGCCCACCAUCACUAUCUUCCACACCAUUGAUCUGAAUAUCAACCAAAAUCAACUUAAGCCAAUGUAUUAAUUCUCUACAGUUGUAUUUUUUUGCUCUCUUAAAGAUAAAAAAAGAUAUAAAUACUCCAAAUCAUGUACUUGUUCCAAACAAAUAAACUUCCUUUUUUGUGAUAUUGAAA